AUGCGCCCUCCACCCAACCAGUCUUCCGUCCCAAGAACCAUCGUUGAUUUUGCAUUGAAUCCCAGACAUCCAGUGAAUGAUGGGGGAUUACAUAAACCCACCAUAGGUGAAAAGCUCUCUGGCAGAAUGGAGGAAGUCGUCGGUAAAAUUACCAAAGAUGAACAGAAAGUCAUCGAAGGAGAAGCUAAACGAACUGGUCAAACCUCUCUUUCGAAAAAUCCAGAAGAACCAAGUGAUGAUCCACGAGAAACCCAUGAUGUUCACUCUAAAGAUGAGGAUAGACAUUCUGAAUCUCAUGAGAAGAUUUCACCUCAUUUGAUACCUUCUGAAACACACACAAACGAAGAUCAUUAUCCUAUCAAUCCAAAGUCAGAAGGCAAUAUCAAUAUCCCUUCUCAUAAAACUCAUGAACAUCGAAGACCUGCACUCGAACGUGAUGAAGAUGAAGACAAAAUCUACCAUAGUGGAUCUCGUCUUGAUAAUGAUUCACAUGGACAAGGAACAUAUUUCCCGCCUUCCAACCCCUAUGUCAACGAAUCAAACGAUCACGCAACCGGAAGAAGAGAAGGAAAUCAAGUUCAAGGUUCAAAUAUCCCUUUACCACCUUCACACCAAAAUUCAUAUGCUUUUUCCCCUGAUUUAAUCACCCCUGGUGGAAAAGGUGAACCUUCAUUUGGAUAUAUGGCUCAUGGUGGUUUACCAAAUCAACCUUUGAGUGCUCAGCAUCAGAUCUCGGCAGAACCGGGUUUGGGAUUAGAUCAAGGUGGUGUGGUUGAUAGGGAUCUAGUUCAGCCUGAGACUGGCGCUGGUGCUGCGGGUCAUGCCUGA